GUGCAGCGCCUGGAGGAGAAGGCGACUGGGUCGCGUUAGGGUCGGCGGGGGAGGGGGGUUGUAUUUAAAUACCUACGGAAGGGUAGCCACUUAAAGGGGCAGGUGCCCCGAGAGAAGAGACAUUUAAAGGUGCAGGCACCUGAGACAGUGCAGGCCCUUGAAAGUGACAGGCUCGGCAUAAAAAAAAGACAUCUAUUUAAAGGGGUAGCUGCUCGGGAAAGCAGGUCUUUUUAAAGAGACUAGAAGCAGGUUUGGAGGGCGUAUUUAAAGGAGCAUGAGCUGAGAACACGCUUACCAAAGAGCCAGGGUUAAAAGAGUCACUUGUCAAGGUAAGGUACAAAGGAAGCCUGAAAGGAACGUGCACUCCUGUUUUCCCAACCUGUCCUUCUCUGGCUCCAGGUUUGCUCCACCCAGGAUCCCCUGUUGCCAGUCUAUGGCCCCCAGUGUCCUGUAGGUCUGGCGGGAUCCUUAUGUUUACGACCCCUGUCUCGGGGUCUGGGUGCCCACUGGAGGGCCUGGCAGAGGGGAAGAGAAAGCAGGACCAUGGCCUCUAGGGCCCCCGAGCCUCCCCCCGGGCGCAGCGUGACAGCCGGCAUCAUCAUCGUCGGAGAUGAGAUCCUCAAGGGCCACACGCAGGACACCAACACCUACUUCCUGUGCCGGACACUGCGCUCCCUGGGGGUCCAGGUGCGCCAGGUCUCUGUCGUACCCGACGAGGUGGCCGCCAUCGCGGCCGAGGUCGCCUCUUUCUCCGGCCAGUUCACCCAUGUCCUCACGGCGGGCGGCAUCGGCCCCACCCAUGACGACGUGACCUUAGAGGCCGUGGCGCUGGCCUUCGGCGAAGAGCUCCGGCCCCAUCCUGAGCUUGAGGCCGCCAUCAGGGCCUUUGGGCGGGAGGGCCUGGAGAAGCUGUCCAUGGUGCCCGCCUCUGCCCGCCUGCACUACGGCACAGACCCUCACACCGGCCGCCCCUUCCGCUUCCCCCUGGUCUCUGUCCAAAACGUCUACCUCUUCCCCGGCAUCCCGGAGCUGCUGCAGCGGGCGCUGGAGGGCCUGCAAGGACUCUUCCAAAACAGGGCCGUGCAGUUCCACUUGCGGGAGCUGUACGUGGCUUCCGACGAGGCCUCCAUCGCUCCCAUCCUGGCUGAGGCCCAGGCCCACUUUGGGCCCAAGAUCGGCCUAGGCUCCUACCCUGACUGGAGUAACAACUACUAUAAGGUGAGGCUGACCCUGGACUCGAAGGAGGAAGGCCCCUUGGAGGAAGCUCUGGCCUACCUGACAGCCCAUCUGCCCCAGGGGGCCCUGGUCCCCUACAUGCCCAACGCUGUGGAGCAGGCCAGCGAGGCGGUGUACGAACUUCAGAACUCAGGGUCUCCUCUGGGACAAAAGGUGGCAGGUGCCCUGCAGAUCAUCGAGAAGGCCCUGGCUCAGUACAGCCUCCCCCAGCUCUGCGUGGGCUUCAAUGGGGGCAAGGACGGCACCGCCCUCCUGCACCUUUUCCAUGCAGCUGUGCAGAGGAAAUGCCCGGGUGCCCACAAACCCCUCCAGAUCCUGUACAUCCGCAACAUCUCCCCUUUCCCCGAGCUGGAGCGGUUCCUCCAGGACACCAUCACCAGGUACGGUCUGCAGGUGCUGGAGGCACAGGGUGCUAUGAAGAAGGCCCUGUGUGAGCUGCAGGCCCAGCACCCCCAGCUGGAGGCCGUCCUGAUGGGCACCCGCCGCACGGACCCCUACUCAUGCAGCCUCUGCGCCUUCAGCCCCACCGAUGCAGGCUGGCCUACAUUCAUGCGUGUCAACCCUCUGCUGGACUGGACCUUCAGAGACAUCUGGGAGUUUCUGCGCCAGCUGUUUGUCCCAUACUGUAUCCUGUAUGACCGGGGUUACACAUCGCUGGGAAGCCCGGAGAACACCAGGCAGAACCCAGCCCUGAAGUGCCUGAGCCCCGGAGGACAGGCUACCUACCGCCCAGCCUACCAGCUGGAAAAUGAGGAGGAGGAACGGAACUCCCGUCUGUGACGUCCUGCCCGCCACUGCCCACUUCCGGAGGGAGGGAAGGUCCUGGGUGGGACCUGCCAAUAAACUGUGCCUCGCACUG